UAAUUACUUGAAUGCUUUUACUCUUUGAGAAAUCAAGAAUUCAAAGUUUCAAUUUUUAUCUCAAACUUGUCAAUGGAUUUUUGUGAAAGUAAGACAGCCAAACAAACCCUUAACACAACACCAAUUAAGCAACAAACCCCAUUUCCCAUUCCCAAUUUAGAAACUAUUUUUCCUAAAACCCCACAAACCCUAACUGCCACCAACGGACCCACUGAACCACCCUACCCCAAAAAUGUGACAAAAAAUGUCACUAGUUCAGCAAAAUCAAGAAAAUCUAAGGUUAUUGAUUCAGUGGGUCCCACCCUCGUAUCGACCCCGGGACCCACUGAAUCGAAGAGGAAAAGGAAGUGUAUAGAGAAAAAAAAUGUGGGUGUCGAAAAAAGAAGCGUUUCGAGUAGUGUUAAGAAGAGGGUGGAUAAAAAAAAAGUGAUCUGUGAUGGAGGAGAGUUUGCUGUAGGGGAUGAUUCAACCCCCGUUUUGACACCGGGACCCACUGAAUCGAAUAGGAAAAGGAAAUGUGUGGAUAGAAAAAAUGUGGGUGUCGAAGAAAAAAGAAUCGUUUCGAGUAGUGUUAAGAAGAGGGUGUACGAUAAAAAUGUGAUCUUGGAUGAGGGAGAGUUUGCUUUGGGGGAUAAUUCAUUCCCCGUUUCGAGGAAAAGGAAAUGUGUAGAGAAAAAAAAUGUGGGCAUUGAAAAAAGAAGCGAUUCGAGGAGUGUUAAGAAGAGGGUGUACUAUAAAAAGGUGGUUUUUGAUGGGGGAGAGUUUGCUGUGGGGGAUGAUGUAUAUGUGAAGAGAAGAGAAGAUGCUAGUUCGGACGAUGAGGAUCCGGAAAUCGAGGAAUGUAGGGUUUGUUAUAAGCCAGCAGGGAGGGUGAUUAUGAUUGAAUGUGAUGAAUGUUUAGGAGGGUUUCAUUUGAAGUGUUUGAAGCCACCUUUAAAGGAAGUUCCUGAAGGGGAUUGGAUUUGUUUGUAUUGCGAGGCGAAAAAGUUAGGGAAAACGGUGGAAAUGCCCGUACCGCCUAAGGGGAAGAAACGGGUAAGGACUGCUAAGGAGAAGUUACUUGAUAGUGAUCUGUGGGCGGCUCAUAUUGAGAGUAUAUGGAAAGAAGUGGAUGGUACCUAUUGGUUCCGGGCACAUUGGUAUAUGAUCCCAGAGGAAACAGCUGCAGGAAGACAACCGCAUAACUUAAGGAGAGAACUUUAUCGGACUAAUGAUUUUGCUGAUGUUGAGAUGGAAUCUGUCAUCAGGCAUUGCUAUGUUAUGUAUCCAAAAGAAUUUGAGAAGGCGAGAAAUGAAGGAGAUGAUGUUUUCCUUUGUGAAUAUGAAUAUGACAUUCAGUGGCAUAGUUUCAAGCGCAUUUCUGAGAUUGAAGAUAAUGAUGGGGAUGAUGAUGAAGCUGAGAAUGAUGGGGAUUGGAACUCUUGCGAAGAUCCCAACUCUGACGUGGAAGAUGAUGUGGAAUAUGAAAAGGAAAACCUAAGUAAUCUAUUAACCAGACCAUCUCCAGCUCAUCCAUUGGCUGCGAAUUCAAGAAAGGGACGCUUUUUUGGACUACAGAAGAUAGGUGCGAAGAAGAUACCAGAACAUGUGAGAUCUCACAAGCUUACUGAACUUGAGAAGGCAAAAGCAACCCUUUUGCUGGCAACUUUGCCCAAAUCUCUACCUUGUAGGACUAAAGAAAUGGAAGAGAUAACUACAUUCAUAAAAGGUGCCAUAUGUGAGGAUCAAUGCCUUGGUAGAUGCCUUUACAUACACGGUGUUCCUGGGACAGGAAAGACGAUGAGUGUAUUAGCAGUAAUGAGGAGUUUAAGGUGUGAAGUUGAUGCAGGGAACAUUAAACCUUAUUGUUUUGUGGAAAUUAAUGGUCUAAAAUUGGCGUCACCUGAGAAUAUUUACAGUGUUAUUUAUGAAGCACUUAAUGGACACAAGGUUGGUUGGAAAAAGGCUCUUCACUCCUUGAAUGAGCGGUUUUCAAAUGUCGCUGAACGUAGCAAAGAGGAAAACCGGCCUUGUAUUCUACUUAUAGAUGAACUUGAUCUCCUGGUAACCAGAAAUCAAGCGGUUUUAUAUAACAUUCUUGAUUGGCCUACAAAGCCAAAUUCCCAACUGAUUGUUAUAGGUAUUGCAAAUACUAUGGAUCUUCCGGAGAAGUUGCUUCCGCGGAUUUCAAGUCGUAUGGGCAUACAAAGACUUUGCUUUGGUCCCUAUAACUAUCAGCAGCUUCAAGAAAUUAUUUUAACUCGCCUCAAUGGAAUUGAUGCCUUUGAAAAACCUGCAAUUGAAUUUGCUUCAAGGAAGGUGGCAGCCGUUUCAGGUGAUGCACGCCGUGCACUAGAAAUAUGUAGGCGAGCUGCGGAACUUGCAGAUUAUUGUGCAAAGAAAUUGUUAUCAAUUCCCAAUUCUGUUGCAGCAGGCAAAAUGCUUGUCAGAAUGGCAGAUGUAGAAGCAGCCAUUCAGGAAAUGUUCCAGGCUCCUCAUAUCCAAGUGAUGAGAAGCAGCUCCAAGCUGAGUAAAAUCUUUUUGGCAGCUAUGGUUUAUGAAGGUCAUAAGACAGGGAUGAGCGAGACCACCUUUGACAAGUUGGCAAUAACUGUUUCCUGUCUCUGUACAAGCAAUGAUGAAAAAUUUCCAGGAUGGGAUAUGCUUCUAAAAGUCGGAUGCAAGCUUGGUGAAUGCAGAAUACUUUUAUGUGAACCUGGAGUGAAGCAUAAAUUACAAAAGUUACAGCUCAACUUCCCAAGUGAUGAUGUUUCUUUUGCACUCAAAGGCAGCAAGGAGUUGCCAUGGUUGGCUAAAUAUCUCUGACUUGUGGAACACCCAAGGGUGUGGCGUAGUGAUCAAUGAAGUAGGUGGAGAACCAUGAGGUCUCAGUUUUAUAUCACAGUGGAGGCAAAAACAUUAGGUGAUUUCUUCACAUGUGUCCAAGCUUCGGUGGAUACCCCCAUGAAAUUCCUCAAGGUAUACACAAGCUCGCACAUAUACACACGGUUAUAAAAAAAUAAAAAUAAAAAGUAGCUCUUGACUUGUGGAUGUUUGAGUUUGAGUUGGAGUUUGAUACUCAUUGGUUUCAUCAUAUCCUUGUUCUCAAUCAUUCAGUUCAUGUCAAACUCGAAUAUUCUUCACAAGAAGUUCAAGAGUAGUCCUGUUUUCUUGUUAUCUAUGAGCAACAUUAUUUAUUCUAAGGAUACGUCGCCAUCUGGGCCAUUUUUGUAGAAGCAAA